UCUAUUUAAACAAAAUACAGAAACCACCUUGAGUACAGUGGAACGCAGAUUCGCAAUAUAUUAUAUGCUGGUACAGCGCAUUAGCAGACGGACUCGUUCGUCCGGUCCGUCACGAGUAAGAUCCGUCCAAGGUUGCAACGUGACAGUAUGGAAGAGGGCAGUCCGGAAGAGUUUCUUGCAGAGUUCAAGGAGAAACAUUUAGGUGGUUGGGGCAUUGUCCAGAUAACUGCUGGCACAGGGCUAGCUGUCUAUGCAAUGUGGGCAGUGGUUCUCAUGCCGGGAUUUCGAAAAGUCCCUCUGAGGUUACAGGUGCCCUACCUCCCCGCCAGCAAGAAACAAGUGCGGAAUGUGAUGGCACUGCUGAGUGGUCGACAGGGUAACCUUGUGGACAUGGGCUCCGGUGAUGGCAGGAUUGUGCUGGAAGCGCACAAACACGGCUUUGGUCCCACAGUAGGAUACGAACUCAACCCCUGGUUAGUUGGUCUAGCCAACUUCCACGCAUGGAGAGCAGGCCAUUAUGGGAAGGUGUCGUAUCGGCGGGAAGACCUCUGGAAGGUGGACCUUACUGAGUGUAAGAAUGUUACUGUGUUUUUGGCCCCCAGCGUGCUGUCUUUACUGCAGGAGAAGAUGGAGGCUGAGCUUCCAGAUGACGCCCUGGUAGUAGCCGGUAGGUUUCCCUUCACUGAGUGGACUCCAUGCAGGAUUGAAGGAGAUGGUGUGGACAGAGCCUGGGCCUAUAACAUGCAGGCCCAAAGACUGCCAGCAGGGAGUGCUGUGCUACCUGUGCCUGGAGAGUUGAAAUCACCAGUUUGAACUGAAAGUGAGAGAACCAAGUAACUGUCUAGACCGGAAAGGCAUGAGCGUUUGUCUGAUGGAGGAAACCAUGGUAGUCUGAGGAGGAGGGACAAACCAUUUGUAUCUACAUGGGUUGACACAAGUAGCUGACUGAGACCCACUCAUUACAGUGUUGAGUUGGUAGUUCGGGGCCUUUUCUCAAGUAGAUUUUCUUGAUUCCUUGAUUCCUCCAUCCUUUCCUCGCCAUUUGAAAACAACAGCUGUUUCAAAGGGGGUGAGGUGGAUUUCAACACACAAUACCCCAUAAUGACAAAGCGAAAACAGGUUUUUAGAAAUGUUAGCAAAUGUAUUUAAAAAAAAUA